GCUUCUUGAUCCGACUGAGAAGGGGAGAGGAACUCAACUGAGAGGGGAGAGAGAGAGAGAGAGAGAGAAGGGAAGGGGGGACCCGCCGCCCUCUGCUGACUCUUAAAGCCUUACUUUUUAUUUCUUAUUUUUUUUUCUCCUUACGAAAAGUAAAGUGAGAAUCCUGCCCUCUAAUACAUCUGCAAGACAUCACUCUCCUGAAAUUCUAGUCACUCCCGAGAAUCCACAGGAGUGCAGAGAGGGGAACGCGCUUUCUUGAAGACAUUUUAAAGCUGGAACAAGCCUCCUUCUGUUGGUGCUUGAACUCUUGCCGGGGAAUAACUUUUUUAACCUUUUUUUUUUUUAACCCACUUUGAUUCUUCUCUCCACCCCUUCUUCUCUCUUCUGUUUGCCUAACUCCCCCGCCCUGCUGGCCUCCCCUUUCCUCUCUCCCCUUAUUAUUAUUUUUAGUGUCUGUGUGUGGACGCUUUUUGAGAGUUCGAAGGGAUACUUUUUUCUUCCUGAUUUAAGCACAGGAUAACUUUUUUUUUUUUUUUAAUUUUUUGGUGUGGAUUGUCUCUUUGGACCCCGCCGGACUUGACUUCAGGGAACCAACCGAGGCUGCGGGAAAGUUACUGGUGCCGAAAGUUCUGCUUUUCAGAAGGGGGUUUUCUCUCUCUCUCUCUCUCUCUCUCUCUCUCUCUCUCUCUCUCUCUCUCUCUCUCUCUCUCUCUCUCUCUCCACUCCCCCCUCUUUCUUCCCCACUCGCCUCCUCUCCCCCCUCGCGCCCACAGCGUUUGGUGUUGAUUCGAGCGGGAAGAGGGGGGUGGGUGGGAUUGGAGGGGAGACCAUGACCUCCAGCUACGGGCACGUUCUGGAGCGGCAACCGGCGCUGGGCGGCCGCUUGGACAGCCCGGGCAACCUCGACACCCUGCAGGCGAAAAAGAACUUCUCCGUCAGUCACCUGCUAGACCUGGAGGAAGCCGGGGACAUGGUGGCGGCACAGGCAGACGAAAGUGUGGGCGAGGCGGGCCGGAGCCUGCUGGAGUCACCGGGACUGACCAGUGGCAGCGACACCCCUCAGCAGGACAAUGAUCAACUUAACUCAGAGGAGAAGAAGAAGAGAAAGCAACGGAGAAACAGAACAACCUUUAACAGCAGCCAACUUCAGGCCUUGGAGCGUGUCUUCGAGCGGACACAUUACCCGGAUGCUUUUGUACGAGAAGAUCUUGCGCGUCGGGUGAACCUCACUGAGGCCAGAGUGCAGGUGUGGUUUCAGAACCGAAGGGCCAAGUUCCGCCGGAACGAGAGAGCCAUGCUGGCCAAUAAAAACGCUUCCCUCCUCAAGUCCUACUCAGGAGAUGUGACUGCGGUGGAGCAGCCCAUCGUACCUCGUCCUGCUCCUAGACCCACCGAUUAUCUCUCCUGGGGGACAGCCUCUCCGUACAGCGCCAUGGCUACUUAUUCUGCCACAUGUGCCAACAAUAGCCCUGCACAGGGUAUCAACAUGGCCAACAGCAUUGCCAACCUGAGACUGAAGGCCAAGGAAUAUAGUUUACAGAGGAACCAGGUGCCAACAGUCAACUGAGGAAAAAAAAUUUAAACAGGCCUAAGAAGAAAUCAAAAACCAUAAGAAAACCUAUCCUGUUCUGUCAUUUCUUCAUCCGCUGGAAAAAAUAAAAGCAAACAAACAAACAAAGCCAGGACUAAAAUAUUGGGACCAUGGCGGAGAAAAGCAGGAGAGGAACAAAAUGAAAAUUAGCUAACAGUGGUUCCUUCUUCCUCUCGGAUACCAUCACCAUUUGCUUUUGUGUGUGUUUAUUUUGUUUUCCUUCUAUCUGUGCUUUGCUAAUUAUACUCUGGGCUUCUUCAGUUAGGCUUCUUCAUUCCUAUAAUUGUAUGAAAAUAAAAUAUUCUGCAGCAGCCAAAGAUAGACACAUAUCUAUGUAUAUGUGUGUGAAGGAUUACUUCUCAGUAGCCUGUUUGACCUCAGUGCCUUACUCUGCUUCCUUCUACAUCUCUCUAGGAGACUUUGAAAACCCAAAGUAUUUCUAAAGAAUCAGUAUUGUUGUCUCGAUGUCUCUUGGUCAUGGUAAGGUUUUUCUAUCAGUUUCAGGAAAAAGAAAUGUACACAUGUUCUUGUGUCUGACCUGUCUGAUCGAUGUGGUGAACGCUAUGACUGGUGAAUGCUAAGCUCUAAGAUCUAGAGCUAAUCUGUGGAUUCAAGCUCGAAGUUCUAGGUUACAGCGUCACCAUCAACACAGUCCUUCCCCUGAACAAACAAUAAACCAUCCUAAGUUAAAGAUAUUUGUUGUUUUUGAACAAUUGCUGUCACUCGCUCUUUUUUAGCUUUAGAGAUGGAAUGAAUUUUUUGUAGGAAAUUUUGGAGAAUUUUUUUUUUAAGGAAAACAAAUACUGAAUUGUGAAACGCAUAGCCUUUACCUCUUUGGUGCCUUAGGGGUGGUCAGAUGCACAUAUAUUCUGUGUAUAUUUAUAUAUAUAUAUUAUAUAUAAAAUAUUGCAAGCUUGAGUUUGCAAUUUCUCAAACACUACAAAACCCAACUUUACACCAUCACCGCCAUCCUAUCUACACAGUAAUGAUACAUUAACGUGGCCUCUUGCUCUUUUCUAUACUUGACACAAAAUUCUCACUGAGGUCAGAGAGCAGUUUGCUAGGAAAGUGUCUGAGAACAGCUGUCUUGCUCCCAUCAGGGCUUUAGUGGGAUUCAGAACUAUUUGACGAUAUAAGAAUAAUUUUGAGUUUGGAGCCUGAGCUCAGGUGGAAAUUCUAUAUCAUCUGACAUAUCACAGAAAAUAUACCCAGAAAGGAGGAGGAGGGAGAGUUAGCUAUCUGCUCUUUCUCCUCGCCACAGAAACAUGAAAAACAAAUAGCAUAUUUUAGUGAAGUGCUUAAAGCUUUCUCUAAAUUCUCUCCUCCAAAAAUUAAGGACAAUUAUACUUUUACAUUUUAGUAUUUUUGAAAUGAGCUUUAGUAUGUAGGGUGGGAGGCAGGCAGGGCAGGCAUUUCUUUGUUUCUCUUUGUUCCUGGUUAUGCUUUGUCAACUUUCCUGGUGGACUUGACCAAACCAUGUUACCAUGAUGUGUCUAGUUUAUCCGUUUAUAAAAUGGGUUUACCAGUUCUUACGUACCUCACGGGUAUGUGGCAAGACUAUGUUUGUUUGUUCGCCCUCCCUCCCUCCCUCCCUCCCUCCCUCCCUCCCUCCCUUCCUUCCUUGCUUGAUUGCUUGCUUGUUCUUUGUUUGUUCAGCACUUUGUAACCAUGGGAAGAAAGGGACUUUACAAGCAUACAGUGUUCAUGGAUUAACAUAGUAUCUGGAAGCUUUGUUUUCUAGCAAGAAAUGAUAUCUGGCUGUACAUACAUAUAGCCCUGUAUUUGGAAAUGAUAAAUAGGUUUAUAUUUUCAGAUAUCUCAACAAUCACAUAAUUUGACCAAAGAAUAAUUUAAGGCACAAAGUAUAGAAAUAUUUUUUAACUUAUAUUCUCAUCAAUAGCUUAGUUCUAAUAACCAUAGCUCUCAGUGAAUAAAAUGUUUCAGAUUGAUUUUGGCCAAAUAUAUCACCUUUGUAAUAUGAGUGACAGGCAAAGUACUUGGGGCAUAAGAUGCACUUUGAGCUCAUGUUUGUGUUUCCCUUGGCAUAUCUGAGUUAAUAGUGACAUAUUUUCACUCUAACAACCACUGCUCUAAACAAUACUUGGAGUGAUUUUGUCCUUUUUUAAUAAUAAGGAGGAACACCAUUUUGUGUACUUUGAUCUCAUGAAGUGAAUCCUUUUCAAUAACUACAAUUAAACAUUUCUUUCAGAAUAGUUCAUGUGGUCUGGCUGAACACACAUUACUUGUUUUUAAGGAAUCUUUCUAUUCAUGUAUUCAUCCCAUUGAUUGCUGUGUAUUAACAAGUUUCAAAGGAACAACACAUCCUUACUGUAAAAACUUCCUUUGAUUUGAAAAGCAAGUACAAAUCCAAUAGACUGAUAAACAUUGGGGAUUUAGAGUUUGCAGAAAAAAGCUAAAAGAUUUGGAUUAUAGGCAAGGAACAGAAAUUAGAAAUGAAAAGGUUUUGCUAAGGAGGGCGGAAUCUUUGCAGAGAAUCACAUAAGAAAAAUGAUGUCAUUCGACGCCUUUGUCCUGACUCCAUUUCCAGUGGCCAUCAAGAGAGUCUGAUCCUAUAAACUCAAAGGAGAAAGAGGGAGGCUUUAUCUGAUGGUUCAAAUCAGCAGUUUCUAGGAAUUUCUUAGAAUAAUCUAUGCUAGUCAGUCACAGGAAUGCCUGUUGCUGGUGGGCCCACACCACAACAUUUUUAUCUGAGCACUUAUCUAGAUAUAUCCCUGAAACACACACAAAUUUUGUUCAUUUAUGAUCCACUUUUUCAAUAGACAUAUGUUUUAACAAGUGAUUUGGAGGAUUAGAUUUCUAGUCUGUAAGUCAAUUGCCAGAGGAGUGUCUCAGUGCCACAGACUCAAGGCAUACACCCGUAGCUCUCCAUCAAUAUACCCAGAUGAAGGCAUGGCACUAUCACUGUCCACAAUCCCUUCCCAAACAAGGGGCUAAUUAGUAGAGUACUUGUCAGGUUAAAUUAAACCAGAAGUAAUGACCUACGUAAAUGACAUGUGGUAAUAAAUAUCUCAUAAGAAAUGUAAUAUGUAAAUUAUAUCUUGCUUUAUGAUGUAAAAUAUACAUUGUUUGUGCUAGAAUAGAAAUGAUUUCUUUUCAAUAAAAUGAA